AUGUUUACCCUGGUACUUCUCUCCCUGUUGGGGACCGGUCUUGCAUACAACGUGCCUCCCAGCGCUAAAUAUGCCACAAAUAUACCUGAUGAAGCUUACGUGCUCCCAGGGACCUCCUACCCGACGUUCUACGACGUGCGACUUUUCCUAGACCCCGGAAACCAUGACUUUUUCACGGGAGAUGUCACUAUUAGGUUAUUCCCAACAGUGAACACGAGUACGAUUGUAUUACACGCUAUGGCAAUGAAUAUAACCAAGAUAGGUCUUUAUGAUGCUUUGGAUGAAAACGUUGAUAUCCUGGAGAGUAGUAAUAUUGCCACCGAUGAUACUCACUUCCUGACAGUUAGAUCUAAGGUCGAGUUGAACAUAAUGCGACCCUAUCAUCUGAAGAUAGAGUAUAUAGGGUCAUACGCGACAAAUAUGUUUGGUAUAUAUGUGUCGACUUAUGAACGCCCUAAUAUUGGGACAGUUAACCUUAUAACAUCCCAACUGCAGCCGACUUUCGCUCGGCGCGCGUUCCCUUGCUACGAUGAGCCGCGAUAUAAGGCUGUGUUCAGGACAACCAUCUACGCACCUCCUAAAUACACAACUGUGAGGACAAACAUGCCUUUAAGGACCGAUCUGUUGAAGCCAGAAGUACCGAAUGUUUCUAAAUACGAGUUUCAAGACACCGUCAUACAGUCCACCUAUCUCUUGGCCUACCUGGUUUCCGACUUCGACUUCGUCACCAACGAACCCCUUGAAGCAACAAGCAUCUUCCCUAAGCCCUUCAGGGUGUACUCCAGACCAGAAACACGGAACACCGCGGCAUUUGCAUUGGAUUAUGGACAAAGGAAUAUGAUCGCUCUGCAAAAUUACACUAAGUUCGACUAUGCCCUGCCCAAGUUCGACAAAGCUGCUGUACCAGAUUUCGCUGCAGGCGCUAUGGAGAAUUGGGGUCUCGUUAUUUACAGAGAAGUUGCCCUACUAGUUCAAGAUGGAGUCACAACGACAGCCACAAAACAGAACGUCGGCCGUAUCAUUUGCCACGAGAAUCUCCACAUGUGGUUCGGCAACGAAGUCAGCCCCGUAUCCUGGACCUACACCUGGCUGAACGAGGGCUUCGCCAACUUCUUUGAGAACUACGGCACUGAUCUGGUCCUCCCACAAUGGCGUAUGAUGGAUCAGUACGUUCUCCUUCUUCAAAACGUCCUGCAGAACGAUGCUGUCCUGACUAUCAACCCUAUGACGCACCCAGUGUUCACCCCCUCUCAAAUCAUCAGUACCUUUAACGCUGUCGCUUACCAAAAAUCCGGCUCCGUUAUCCGCAUGAUGCAACACUUCCUCACGCCUGAGGUGUUCCAGCAAGGCCUCGUCUACUAUUUAGUGAAUAACACACGCAGAGCAGUUGUGCCAGCUGAACUGUACGUUCAUUUGCAAGCAGCACUCGACGAAUCCAACCACAGUAUACCCAGACCUCUUGCCGUAAUCAUGGAGACUUGGACUACUCGGGGAGGUUUUCCCGUUCUUACUGUCAGAAGGUCGGCUCCUACUGCCCAGUCUAUAUCCAUUUCACAGCAACGUUACCUCACCGACCCGACUCUGUCGUCACCAACAACCUGGCACGUACCAAUCAACUGGGUAUUGUCAACCAACCCUGACUUCAGUGAUACCAAGCCUCAAACCUGGCUGCAACCUACUGGACCAGCUCUAGCCGUCGACAUUCCUGGGCUCUCAGACGCUGAAUGGUUCAUUGUAAACAAGCAACAAGCUAGUUACUAUCGAGUAAACUACGAUGAUCAGAACUGGCGUGCUCUAGCCCGUGUUUUAUCCACGUCUCACAGCAUUAUUCACUUGCUUAACCGUGCUCAAAUUGUCGACGACGUUUUCAACAUGGCCAGAAAUGGAAGAACGAGUUAUUCGAAUGCCUUCGAAGUGUCCCGCUAUUUGAUCAACGAGACUGAUUACAUCGCGUGGGGUUCAGCCAACAACGCAUUUAACUAUCUCGACACAGUGCUCAGUGGAUCUCCAGCGUAUGCAGUAUUCCAGGCAUACAUCCUUCAUAUCACCGGUCCGUCUUAUGAAAGACUAGGAUUCAUUGCUAAAGAAACGGAAGAGCACGUCACGCCCUUCCACAGGAAUAUCAUCCUAAACCUCAACUGCCGUCUUGGCAACGAGCAAUGUGUGAACCAAUCACAGGCGCUGUUGGAACAGUUUAGGAAUAAUCCGAGCAAUAGUAUUAAUCCGGAUAUUCAAACGACGGUAUUCUGCUCCGGCCUGCGGGGAGGCGAUGCUGCAAACUUCAACUUCCUGUGGGAAAGGUAUAUCGCCAGCCAGGACUCUAGUGAGCAGGCCAUUCUGCUGAACUCACUUGGAUGCACUUCCAAUGAAACUUUAAGAAACUUCUACCUUGGACAAAUUAUAGAUGAGAACUCGAGUGUGCGAGAGCAGGACAGGCACACUGUCCUCGUCUCCACCAUCAACGCGAGCCCGGCAAACAUGGAGGCAGCCUUAGAAUUUGUCGUCAAAAACUUCGCUGCGAUACAACCGAGAGUGCAAGGGCUGACUGGUACAACAAACAUCCUCAACGCGUUGGCUAGAAGAUUGACCACAAGGGCCCAUCUGAAAAAGAUCGAAACUUUCGCGACCCAAUACGACAGCAUCUUCACAGCUGGCGAGAGGGCAUCCAUCAAUGACAUUAAGGAAAACAUCGGAGCCUCUAUUGUUUGGUCAACGAGCAAUUACGAGGUAGUACACAGUUGGUUGAGGGUCAACUACGGAAGUAGCGCCAGUAUCUUGACGUCAGGAUUCCUAAUCAUCAUUUCCAUCUUUGUCACAUUGUACAACCACUGA